AUGGACAUCAUCGACCACCUCCACCUGGACGCGGGCCAGGUACUGCUGCGGGGCCCGGGCCCGCUCCUCGGCCAGAAACUGCUGCUGGGCCCUGUGGGUCCCGUCGCUGACCGAGCGAAGGCAAGACGAGAAUCGGAGACGGGUCUGUACGGCACGGGAGGUUCUCAAGCGACAUGCGAGGACAUGGAUGCGUGUGUUUGCCAGACGCAGGGCAUGGCUCCGGGAGUUGAGUACGUGCAACUGAGUCAAGACGCGUAA